CGCGUCCUCGCUGCCACCCAGAGGUGCCACUCAACGAGCCCUCCAAUGGAAAAGUUCGGCUGAACGGGACACUCCGGCGGGUGGGCUUCGGGGCGAUGCGGGUCCAGGUCCAGGUGUGCCACGCGGACAGUGCACUGACAUUUUCCCACUCCGCCUCAAAGUUCACGACCUCGUCCCUCGCGUCCGUCGCCUUGCGUCCCGCCGCUCGCCUCCUCCGCCUCCAGCUGCUCCGCUGACCGUCAUGGCGUCCGCUGCCUUGCUGCUGCUGCUGGUCCUCUGCUCCUCUGCCUCUCACACAGCGGCCGUCCUGUUUGGGCCUCCCAGAAUAUUCGGAGAGGAGGCGACUGGUUAUGGCCCCAUCUUUGAGGAGGAGCCCAUCGAUGUGGUUUAUACUGAAGGCUCACCCGACGGCAGAGUCUCCAUGAACUGCAGGGCACGAGCAAACCCGCCGGCGUCAUACAGGUGGCGCCGCGACAACUGGGAAAUCAAGCUGACGGAGCUGCCCGACGACCACUACAGCCUGGUGGGCGGCAACCUGGUCAUCAGCAAUCCUCGGCAGAAGAAGCACGCCGGCACUUACACCUGCGUGGCCAACAACUUCUACGGCACAGUCAUCAGCAAGGGCGCCAGGCUCACGUUUGGAUAUCUGGAGGAGUUUCCUGACGAGGACAGGGACCCUGUGUACAUCAAGGAGGGACAGGGAGCAGUCCUGCUGUGUGUGCCUCCCAAAGCCUGGCCUGACGCCGUGACCUAUCGCUGGAUCUACAACGAGUUCCCGGUCUUCCUGCGCACCGACCGCCGCCGCUUCGUCUCCCAGAGGACGGGGAACCUGUACAUCUCCAAGGUGGAGGCUCAGGAUGCAGGGAACUACUCGUGCUACGUCUCCAGCCCCAUCAUCGGGCAGAGCGUCUUCUCCAAGUUCAUCCCCCUCAUCCCGCUGCCCCCCGACGACGGUGAGGAGAGGAAGUACCCGGCAGACAUCCGGGUGAAGUUCCCCGACACCACCGCCAUGCUGGCCUCCAACAUUACGCUGGAAUGCUUCGCUCUGGGCAACCCCAUCCCUCACAUCGUCUGGAGGAAGGUGGACGCCACAGACCUGCCGGCCAAUCACGAGAUCAGCGAGUCGGGCGCCGCGCUCCACCUGUACAACGUGCAGUACGAAGACGUGGGCGGGUACGAGUGCGAGGCCAUCAACACCAAAGGGAAGGACUGGCACAAGGCCUGGCUCUACGUGGAGUCUGCUCCGGAGUGGGCCGAAACCAUCAACAACACCCAGAUGGACAUCGGCUCGGCUCACACCAUGCGCUGCGUGGCCUCGGGGAAACCGUUCCCGUUCAUCCGCUGGUACAAAGACGGGUAUAUGUACGGGAAGGGCGAGCUGAAGUUCACCAGUCUGACCAACGACGACUCGGGGAUGUACCAGUGCGUGGCUGAGAACGUGUGGGGCAUCAAAUACGCCAGCGCCAUGCUGCGUGUCAUCACCUGCGCGCCCACGUUCGAGUUCACCCCCCUGAAGAAGCAGCUGCUCGGCGCCAGGGACGGCCGCGUGCUGAUCCAGUGCCGACCCCGAGCCGCUCCGAGGCCUCAGUUCACCUGGAAAAAGGGCAACGAGCAGCUGUUCAACUCCUCGCGCAUUUCCAUCAUGUUCGAUGGGACUCUGGAGAUUCUCAACGCCACGAAGAACGACGAGGGCCUUUACACCUGCUUUGCUGAGAACGACAAGGGGAGGGCCAACAGCUCCGGCUCUCUCACCAUUACAGAGGCGACCAGCAUCACCGUGGCCCCUGAAGACACGGAGGUCAGGGUGGGCGAUGAGGUCACGCUGAGGUGCUCCGCCUCCUUUGACCCCAUGCUGGACAUCGCCUUCAUCUGGGCCAUCGACUUCAGGGUCAUCGACUUUGACGCCGAGUGGCAGCACUAUGAGCGCGUUCUGAGUGAAGAUGGAACGGGCGACUUAAGAAUAAAGAACGUCCAGAUCUGGCACGAAGGUCGCUACACGUGCACGGCUCAGACCGUGGUGGACAGUGACACUGCGUAUGCUGACCUCAGAGUCGUAGGUGUUCCCGGGCCGCCUGGCGUGAUCCGGAUUGAGGAGAUCGGGGACACGUGGGUGAAGCUGCUGUGGUCCAAAGGAGCCGAGCACAACAGCCCCAUUCUCUACUACACCAUCCAGACCAGGCACUACUGGGCCCUGAAUGAAGACGACUGGAGGAAUGCCAGCACCUCUCCAGCCUGGCUCGAUGGCAGCGUGGAGAGGGCCGAGGUGACAGAGCUCUACCCCUGGAUGGAGUAUCAGUUCCGGAUCAUCGCUACCAAUGAGUAUGGUUCUGGAGAGGCCAGCAUCCCGUCUCUCAAGAUCAGAACGUGGGAUGCUCCUCCAGUCGUAUCGCCCACUGAUCUAGCAGGCUACGGAGGUAGAAAUGGUGAAGUUGUCAUCACGUGGACACCGGUGCAGCCGUGGUAUUUCUACGGUAAAAAGUUCGGCUACGUCGUGGCAUUCAAGCCCCACAAUGGCUACGAGUGGUGGUACGAGACCAUCUCGGACCCCGAGACGCGGCGCUACGUUCACAGAGACUCCUACUUCAUCCCCACCGUCGAAGACUUCCUGGUGCGGGAGUUCCAGGUCAGGAUCAAGUCGUUCAAUGUGAAAGGCGACGGGCCGUACAGCCUCAUCAAGGUCAUCUACUACCCCCGAGAUGUUCCUACUGAGACCCCCACAGACGUCUAUGCCAGGCCGGUGUCGUCCACGGAAGCGGUGGUGUGGUGGCUGCCAGUGGUGGACACUGGGACGGGCCUGCAGCAGUACAUAGAGGGAUACCAGGUCAAGUACUGGAGGAAGUACGAUGACCCGGAGCCGGGGGCCAACCGGAUUUUCGUUCCAGCCACGGUGAACCAGACCAGGCUGGAGAACAUGCUGCCAGACUCCCACUACCUCAUCGAGGUCCGUGCCUUCAACGGAGCAGGCCUCGGACCCCCUGGGGAGCACUGUGAGAUGUUCACGAAGAGAGCGCCGCCGUCGGAGCCUCCCAGGAUGUGGCGCUACGUCACCUGGACAGGACAGUGGCUGUAUGUGUGGUGGGAUCACAUCCAGUACGACUGGUUCGGAAAUGUCUCAUUCCCACUGUAUUACAAGGUGAUGUUCAGAAAGACCGGCUACAUCUACGGGAAGGUCUACAUCACCGGCUGGCACUUCAUGGACUUCCCCAUGCCUCAGCUCGGAGACUAUGAGCUGAUGGUGCGUGGCCGCUACGAAGGAGGGGACGGCCCAGUCAGAAUGAUUAGCAUUAAGGGUAAAGCGUCUAUGAUUACACCCAACCUCAGCCUGGUGUCCUUGCUGCUGCUGCUGAUGAUGAUGUGCACUGCAGGACUGGAGAUCUGAGCCCGUCACGUGUAAAUCUAUUCAGCGUAAUAGACUCUGGGAGACAUUGAUAGAUUUGACCAAACAGGAUCCAGUGUCGACUCCAAACGUCAUUCCUACACACCAACGACAACUUCAACUAAAAUAGAAUAGUUUGUUCAUGGUUUGCACCAGUAGGUGUUUUUGUCAAAGCCAGGUACAUUCUUCUUUACUUUCUAACCGCUCUUACGUGAGUUGGUAAAUAAGCACUAGUAAACUCUCAGAUGGUCAAAACAACAAGUGAACAAUUUAAAUAACUGUAGAAUAAAGUGCAUGUAGUUCAGAAUGAGCAAAUAAGUAAUCAUAAGUGUUUUGUGCAUAUUUGACAUGUUGUUUUUUUAGCACAGUGAAGCACCUGAUGAUUAUUAUCUCCACAUGGACACUGGUCUACAUUUUAUUUAGCUAUUUCAUGUAUUGUUACACAUUUUAAUAUUUAUUUUAGGGAUUUAUUUAAAAAAAGUAUGUGCAGAUUUUAAUUUUGGACUUAAACGCAUUUUAAUGAGAUGAGAGGCAUUACUGCACAUCUAUAACUGUAUUCACAACUUCAUUGUUCUGUCAUCCUCCAAAGCAACAUUAAACAGAUUACAUCAAUCUAAA